UAAAAGAAAAUUAAGGGAGCGAGAAAUUGGGUUUACUGUAGAUUUAAUGGAUUUGAGAGGGCAGGACAAAGAGAGAGGAAUGCCAAGUUCUUUGGGUUAUAAUCCUCCCAUUCGAGAAUCAUCCUCAAAGGUCUCCUCUCAUCCAGUUAUUUCAACAGGACUAGGACUGGUAGGAGGAGAAAGAAGAAGAGAUGAGACUGGGAACGGAAAAGCAAUUCUCAACCCCGUCUCAAACUCAAACCCUAGAUCAUCUUCAACAACAUCAUCACCACCGUCCCCAUCAACCACAAGGGCAUGGAAGAAAUCCAGACCCAUAUUCAGAUCCAGUUCCGGUCACAAUUGCAGUUAGUGGUGCAACAAGUGCACCAGUUGCAGGUGGAUCCAACUCAGCAAGGACAACACCACCGCCCCCUCCUCUUCCUCUUCCUCCUCCAACAACGGCCACUAUAUCAACAACUACCAAGAGUACUGCUACUUCUGUUCGAUAUCGAGAAUGUUUCAAGAACCAUGCGGGAAGCAUUGGCGGACAUGUUGUCGAUGGCUGCGGCAAAUUCAUGCCAAGCGGUGAGGAAGGGACCCCAGAGGCCCUAAAAUGCGCCGCAUGCGACUGUCGCAGGACCUUCUACCGAAAAGAGAUGGAAGGGGAGCCCCAAUCGGGGGCAAACUGUUAUUACUACCAUAACAAGAACCACGACGGCACUCGGCAGCAUAAGUAGGAUCCCACCUCCCCAACCCCAACUACCUCUUUCACCUCUUCAGCAACACAAAAAAUUCCAACUGGAGUUACCUACCAGUCCGUCACCGGAACCAAUUCCUUCGGAGGCGGUGGUGGAAUUGGUGGCGGAGCAACUGAAUCGUAAAGCGAUGACCUCAAUGCGUACUAGUCCAAUGCACCUGGGGAGCCUCUGCAACCAUUGUCUCUAUCAAAGAAGAGGUUUCAGACGAAAUUCACCCCAGAGCAAAAAGAUAGGAUGUUGGAGAGGAAUGGAAAACAGUUUCUCUCUCUCCAUCUGCAAGGAACGGAAAACAGAGGAAAUCGGGAAGAAGAAAGGGGAGGAGAGAAAGGGGAAGGGGAAGAAGAGAGAUGAGAGAGGGAGGAUUUCCGAAGUCCGUGGCUGUUGUUCGUGGGAAGAUGAAUA